AAAUAUAAAUUUUCAGUGCACUUCAGGUAUCACACUAUUUUUCUGUGCAUUCCUGGUUGCUGAAUUAAUUUUGAUUAAAUCUUCAAUAAAUAAACUUUUUGUACCACAUUUAUUUAAUUUUCCGUGUAACCGGCAACCUUGCUCAAAUUUAUGAUGUCAAUAAGAAGAAGAAACAAAACAACAACAAUACCGUUUCUCAUCGCCCGCAAUAAACAGCAACUGCAGUUUCAUUGUUUUGGAUCGUUUUGCAGCAUGAUGGAGGAUGGAGAAGGCUACACUGACCGAGACACCGGUAGCAGCUAUGAGGAAUCAGUGCAUCAAGCUGAAAAUGGUGUGGCUUUGGAGGAUUCCGACAAAUAUAUAAUCGAAGCACUUGACGAUGAUCCUGAGGAAUACGUGCAUCAAAACGAAAAUGGUGUGGAUUUGGAGGAUUAUGAGAAAUACACAAUUAAAGCGCUUGACGAUGAUCCCAUGGUUAAUCCUUUAGAUGACGAUAACGAGACAGAUGGUCCUAGUCUCAGAGACGACGUAAACGAUGAGCAGACGAAUCAUGAUGCUAAGCGCAGUCGAAAAAACAACUUGUCCCUAUCCGCCUCCUUCUUCAAGCGUCGAUUUGUUGGCGAAACAUCCGGCAGCCUCAUAGCAUCGCAAACUAUUUCAGGUGAUUCAGUCGACGAAAUAUUGAGGAGCGUAUGGACUAUUGUCAAACCGAUGAUAUGCCGUGAAGUAAUCUUUGUUAUGGAGAAAGGAAACCAAAUACCAACAUGGGGCGAAAGCGACCCGACCUACGACGAUAUGGGAAAAUUCAUAUAUAUGCAAAACCAUCAAAAUCGAAGACGUGUCGAUAUCAGCCAGAUUAGUAGUAAGCUUCUUAUUAGCUGGCGAGGAAAAGUUAUUCGGGUUCAUGUGCAUAUUUAUUCUACGGCUGUAUUCUGCAAACAACUGUGGGAUUUGGUGGACAAGCAGUUGGUGAAAUUUCAGCAAACGGACCGAGCAGGUGCGCCCAGUAAUCAGUCCCUGUCUCAACUGGCAGAUGAGCUUCGAGAACUUCAUGGCAAGCAUUUCACUGGACACGCAAGCUCGUGGAAACUGUGGGCAAACUACAUCCACACCACACCCGCGCAUGAACGAGAGCGAAAAAAAACUGAGCUACCUCCACUUUCCAUAAUAAAGUUCUUUCGAUCUGUUCCUACUUCGGAAGCUGUACAGCUUGAAUGCUCUCGCCAGGGAUUGUCUGUUGCUACUACCAUCAACGAUGCGUUUGCUGCAGAGCUUUCGACAUUGGAGGAAGAAGCGGAUCAAAUCAUAUCUCUAGGACAGCGAUUGAAGCACCGUAUCAGCGCACUGCGAACACGAUCGUCCAUCAACUCAAGCCUAGUUUCAGCGUUCCAGGAGGCUCACAGACCAGAAGAAAACGAAAUAAGUUGUUCUCUUGUAGAUAACAUUUCGGAUAUGGUUGAUGUGGAUCACAUGUAACAGUGAAAAGUUAAUCUUUGAUGAUUUUUGUACCUGAAGGGUUAUAUUCCAAUAAAGUGAAGUAAAUAGUAUAUAUUGAUUAUUUUGUUUCAAAUCCAAAUAAAAUCCUCUUAUUCGUUACGAACCUGAUUCUCAUUUUGGG